CCCGGCAACUCGUUCUCCGCCAGAAGAGCGGAACUCCACCGAGACACGAAUAAAAAGACAGUACAAAUACCCGACCAUCUGCAUCAUGAAAUCUCCUCAUUAUAUCAAACACUUUUCAUCAAUUCCCAAUUCAAACUACUAAAUCAUAACAUCCAUCCAAUAUACCUAAAAUACUCAAUACCCCUCUACCCUCCAAAAUCAAAGCACCGACCCAACAUGUCCACCAUCACCACCAAAACACCCAUCAUAAUAACACUCCUCGUAAAACGCAAACCCAAUCUCCACUUCAACGAGCACCACCUCCUCACCGUCCACGUCCCGCUCGUAGCCAAGCACUGGGGUCCGCAUGGUCUUGUAGAACGCACAGCAACGAGAGUCGUCGACGAAACCUCCGAGUACGCAUACGCCAUCACGAUGAAGUGGGAGAGCGAGGAAAGCUGGGAAAGCGCGAAGAAUGACGAGGAGGGUAUGGCUGCUGUCCUAGGAGAUGUUGCCGGGGUUACGGAUGGAGAGUUGGUGUUUGUUGUUGGGAGGGUGAUUGCGUAG